AUGAUUGAAACGAGCACCGCGGGAAAUACUACAGACUUACUUCCAAUAGCUACGGAUGUAGUCAACGACGAUGACGACGUCGCCCGACCGGAGGCCACGUUUCGCUUUACCGUGCACAACCUCGGCCAGUUGAAGGAGCAGGUGCUCUCGCCAGCGUGCUACAUCAGAUGCCUACCGUGGAAAAUCCUGGUGCUCGUGCGCAACACAACGACACCGGAUCGCCUGCAGCAAAAAGCGCUCGGGGUGUUCCUUCAGUGCAAUGGCGAAUGCGAGUCCCCGGGCUGGUCCUGCUACGGACUGGGCGAAAUCAAACUCCUCUCGCACAAACCAGAUGGUCAGCAUCUUUGCAGGAAAGUCCACCACAUGUACCACAGCAAGGAGGAUGAUUGGGGUUUUGCGCAGUUCAUUCUGUGGAAGGACCUGAUGGAUCCUGAAAAUGGUUUUGUGAAAGACGACUCAAUAACCAUCGAAGCACAUGUCAUUGCAGAAGCACCGCAUGGAGUAUCAUGGGAUUCAAAAAAACAUACCGGAUAUGUUGGUUUAAAAAAUCAAGGAGCUACUUGUUAUAUGAACUCUCUUUUACAAACGCUGUUUUUCACAAACGUUUUACGGAAAGCGGUGUAUAAAAUUCCAUCCGUGGGUGACGACAGUUCACGGUCCGUCGCCUUCGCACUACAACGGGUCUUCUUCGACCUUCAAUUCUCAGAAAAGCCGGUUGCGACCAAGAAGUUAACUAAAAGCUUUGGUUGGGAGACAUUAGACUCUUUUAUGCAACAUGACGUACAAGAAUUUCUUCGCGUCCUAUUAGAUAAGUUAGAGAAUAAAAUGAAAGGUACUCUAGUGGAAGGCACCGUUCCAAAGUUGUUUGAGGGUAAAAUGACCUCGUUCAUUAAGUGCAAAAACGUUAAUUGCAGUAGUACUCGAGUUGAGACAUUUUACGAUAUCCAACUAAGCGUAAAAGGAAAAAAUAAUUUAUACGAGUCAUUUAAAGAUUAUAUUAGCACGGAAACCUUGGACGGGGAGAAUAAGUACGAUGCAGGGGAACACGGUUUGCAGGAAGCCGAAAAAGGAGUGAGAUUUGAUGAGUUUCCGCCUGUACUACAUUUGCACCUUAUGAGAUUUCAAUACGAUCCGCAAAGUGAUGCAUCUGUGAAGUUUAACGACAGGUUUGAAUUCUACGAGGAGAUCAACCUGGACCCUUAUCUUCAGGAGAUACCGCAGGUGCCAGCGCACUAUACGCUGCACGCAGUUUUGGUUCAUUCGGGUGAUAAUCAUGGGGGGCAUUACGUCGUUUUUAUCAAUCCUAAAGGCGAUGGAAAGUGGUGCAAGUUUGACGACGAUGUGGUGUCGCGGUGCAGGAAAAAAGAAGCCAUCGAGUAUAAUUUCGGAGGGAAGGAAGACGCACCAUAUUUGGCGAGACGAGCUACCAGCGCGUACAUGCUCAUUUAUAUACAAACGUCGCAGCUGAACUAUGUCCUUCAAGAUGUAACGGAGAAUGACAUUCCGGCAGAUCUGUAUGAGCGAAUCAACGAAGAGAUGAGAUACGAGAUGGCGGCAGAAAAG